UCGAACGUACGCAGAUUUUAACUUCGCUGUGAAAUGAAGUAGAAUAAAGAGGUCUUGGACAAAGUUACUCGUAAUGUGUAAUACGAAUAUCUGAGACUAUUUCGCCAUUAGCAAGAUGUAGGUAUAAAUAUUGGUCAUUUUUUCACUUCAUUGCAAAUGCUUUGAUAUUGAUAUUCAAGUUUUUGGACCAAAUAGGUUAGAAAGGGCUAAAAUUAAGAUAAGUCAAUCACAACAUUUCUUAUAUAAAUUCAGUUUCAUCUUACUCCGCUAGGUGAAUAAAUUGUCAAUUGUGAUUUUUCAAGAUAAAGGUGCGGAAAAGAAACAAAUUCCUAACCUUUGAUAGGCAAAACAGUUUGCUUUAUAGUCUCGUUGGUUAUUUUUAUUUCUUUUGCUUAUCUGCGUAACGUAAUUCGUGUUUUUGCCAUCAAUUUUAUCAGAUAUUUUGAUUCGUAUUUUGCGGCAAUGAAAAAUAUCGCCCAAUUUGGGAUCGAGUAAACUAAAAACAUGAGUUCAGACGACGAAAGUUUCGCUACCGUGCGUAUAGUGGCCAAAAAAAUAGACCAAAAUGUGACGUAUUAUCUUAUGGAAUUGGAAGACGACAUUGAACCCGGUGAUUCGUGGUUUCUCGCCGAAGACUGCCCCAAAGUAUUGAUAGAAGAAUUCGAAAAAGGUCUAAAAUCAACUCCACCAAUAAACAACGAGUCGGUUUUGGACUCGGUUGCCUCGAGACAACUCAAAGAUGCAGGUAAUCGAGAAGCAGAAGUAAGCUCAAGUAAACCGGACGAAACUCAUCCAACUGAUGAAUCUUCUCGUACGAAUCACGAAGAACCGCGCCAUGUUGCUCGUAAAACAGUCCCUUAUACAACUGAUGAGUUAUGGUCUCCAGAUGUGAGUCAAGAUGAUUUCGACCCUAAUGAUGAUAGCGGUUCAUCUAGUGAUUGUGAUACGGUAGACGAUUUAAUAGCACAAAAACAUCCUGCCAAGGAUCUCGAAAUAAUCGGCGCUGCACCUCUACGUAACGAACUUGGGAUGAAGCUUUGGGUUAAACUUAAGAAAAGCGGCAAAAAAUUAUGGUUCGAUUCUUCAAAAUUUGGCGCUGCGUGGCCGCAGGUGUAUAUUGAUUAUUUAGAGAGACACAAGAAGUUGAAGCCAGCUCCAGAUGAGUUUUCGGUGAAAAAUCUGAAAAAAGUGUCACUCGGAUAAAGUUAAAAUAGGUACGUCGGCAUUUAUCGAGAAUUAUGCCAGAAUCGUUUUCUAUUGUUGGUUCGAUUGUGAUAUGAAUAUUUUGUUGCAAUGCUGUCCUUUUAUCUUGUAUCGUAUGUUAUGGUAUUGAAUUUUAAUGGUCGAAUAUUGAUAUUAAGUUUGUUUUUCGUUAUUUUUACUUUUAGAUAGGCAGGUAGUCGAUAAUACUUAUAAAUUUUAUGAUCAGCAUUUUAAUUUUUUAUUGUGUUUAUAUUCUAAGAUGUUAUUACUAUGUACCUAGUUUAUUUGCAAAAAUGUUAAUCAUUCUGAAAUUGUUUGUACGAAAAGUUGUCAAGGUUCGAUUGGUUUGUUAUUUGUCGAAUUCAAAAACCAAGUUUUUCAUUUAUUGAGUGAUUAAUGUUAGUUUUUAAUCAAACGUUUGUCUUGAAAUGUUCAAUUUCUCACUUGUAAUAUCAGUUUGAAUUUUAAUUUGUCAACUAACGAUAUAUUUCUACUUAACUAUACCAUAAUAUUAUAGACAUUAGCAAAACUUUUA